UGAAGUUAACUGAUAAAUACAGACUACUCAUAGCAUUAUUUUUAACGCAUCCUCUCGUUAGUUUAGUGCCAACAACGUUUGCACAUCACUGAACAUGUAGGCAUGUGAUCAUUGUUAGACUUAAAAAAGUUAUUUUCAUGUAGGCUUCAGAGAGGAUACAUACAUUUGAUUACACUUGAAUCACAAAUAUCAAAAUUUGUGACUGUAUGGAUUUGUCUCUUGAUAUUUUUGUUUAAUUUUGAUUUUGUGAGACGCACAACAUUUCAGGUCACAGAAUCCGAUGGGUCACAAAAUUCAGUGCAACGCCGGCCAGCAGGGGGCGGUACUAACCUCUGCCGAGUACAGGGAGCCCCACAGGCACAACGAAACUCUCCUCACACAGCUGUUUUGGUUGAAUACAUACUUAACAAUAGUCCACCUGCACCAACACAGGCCUAAAAUGUUAAAUAUAACGGACAGGCCGCCGUCAAGUGUUGUUAUUUAGCGGUUUUCUUCAAUGUUAACCGUUAAAACAAAGCGUCCUGGGUAUUUAAAUGACGUCUUCCUGAUAAGGGUGCGCGCGCGUCUUGGCAACGGAAGUGAAGUUUGUUGUUUCCGACGAAACUUAACACUAAAUCCAGACUGUUUUACACAAAAAUGUCGGCAUGUUGUGUGUCUGGCUGUAAAAAUCGACAUUCCGCUACCAGCAAACUCAAAUUUUACAGAAUACCGUCAGGGUAUCGACCGUUUCAGGCAAACCGGAGGCGUUUAUGGCUACGAGCAAUCCAACAAGUAAAUGGUAGCACCGAGGGACUCAGAGGAAAUGCUCGUAUUUGUGGCGCUCAUUUCGUAUCUGGGGAGGCGUCCAUGGACCACGACAGUCCUGACUUUGUCCCCUCUGUGUUUACAUGCACUAAAACGUUGCCCCAAGAAAAAGCCGAAAAGAUUUUGCGGUCGCAGGAGAAGGCGUCGCCAUAAAUUCAAUGUGGUAAAAGAAGAAAUAAAGACGCCGCCUCAAGUUGAUUCUCCCGUGGACCUCCAGUCACCUGUUUUGAUGAAAAGUGAAAGUGAACUUUCAGAAGAAACAAAGAUGCCAUCAGCCCCUUCAAAGGAAACAGUGACUAAAGAAGCUGAGGCUGAAACUGGAAUCGGAACAAUCAAAUCACAAACAACAUUCAGGCCAAACAAGACAUCACAAUCUUUUAAAGUACCAGCAGGCCUCCCAGGACUAGACAAAAUGAGUCCUGUCGUUCUCCUAAAACCUCUAGUCAUACCAGCAGGUGAGUAUCAGUAUGAGCUGUGCAAUCAGGACUUCAAGACUGUAUCUGAGCCUGUAAAAUGCAAACAGCUCCAUGAAGAAGAGAGCUCCUUUAUCUGUGAGAUUUGUGGAAAACACUUCACCAGUGAGAACGUUUUCACCGAGCACCAAUGUGACCUAAAAGAUGAGCCCUCCUUUCCGUGCAACAUGUGUGAUCGAUCUUUCACUUCAAGUCAUAACCUCAAGCGUCAUAAACUGCUGCAUGUCAAAGAUGGCAGGAAGUGCAGCAUCUGUGGUGUCCUUUUCUGUCGACGUCACAACCACGUUUUAUUCCUGCCGAAAACCGAGUCUGCGACUGAGUCUGAAGAGGAUGCCUCCGUCGAUGAUGAACAUGAUGCUUCCGUCGAUGAGCUGCAAAAUGUGAAGUCUGAGCAAAGCCAGGCUAAGGACCUGGGUGACGCCGCUCAGAGCACUGGGACCGCAACAUCGACUACAACUUUGUCUACACCCCAAAAGUCUGUACUUUCAUCCAGGAUUCGUAAGCUCCCACCUCUUAGACCAAAACCUCCGUCUAUGCUGCAUUCACCCCCACCAGUACCCAGGUACUCAGAAAACCCAGGUACGUCAUCCAUGCCACCCCUGCCUGGCUACCCUGCAAUCUUCAUUGAACCCAUUGAUCUCCCACCUCCAGAGCUCCCACCCUCACUAAAACUCUUUUCACCCCAGUACCUCACCUCAGCAUUACUUGAGGUUAAAAGAAAUUAUGAAUAUAUUUUAAGCAAACCAUGUAAUGUUAAGAAGGUUAUUGUGAAGGAGGAAGAAUACGAGGUGCCGCUGGUUUCUCCAGAUGAGCAAAACGUUGAGCAAGUCAAAAAGGAAAGAACUGCUUAUGACCUGGAGAUUGUGGUCUGAUCUUGGGGGGUUUCUCACUUUUAAAAGCAGGCAAUGAGUCUCUCUUGUACUUCGUUUAACUACAGUUACACCUGAUUCACCUCAUUCUUGUGCUUUGCAUCAUAAAGCUAUUAAACCACUCUGUCAAACACAACAACUAAAACAUAAGCUAAUUUGGGCUAAUUAAAGGUGGAAGGACUUACCGUUGUGAUAUGUUUUUGCCACCUGUAUGGCAGAAGUUGUCAUGUUUUGUUUAGUAUACCUAUGAAUGUAUCAGUUAGCCCUAACCUGGUUCAGCACUCUGAUUUUUUUUAUGUAAGUGACUGAACCUGUCAUGCUGCUACUUUUUAUUCUGUGAGAGCUCUAUGUAUAAGAUGCUGUCACUUCUUAAUCACUGAUGAUGUGCGAUUUGUUUCACCACUACACUUUGUUAGUUAAUACUGUUCUGUAUCUAGGGUGUAGCUGACCUGGACUUUAAAAGUGUUCAUCAGGUGGCGUUUCUAACUGCAGGCUAUAUUCUGACCUGUCUGUUUGUGGAGUAAUAAUCAAUUCAGUGUGUGAGGGAAUUGACUAUGGAGGUCAUUAUCCAGCAUAGUAUCUGAUAGUAAUCAUCACUGGAUUUGAUUUUUCCAUCUACGCUACCAGGAACCACAUUAGUCAUUAUUGUAGAAAUAUAUUUGCACAGAAUGGUCAUGUAAACAAAUAUAGAAAAAAUCCACUCUUUGGGAUACUUUGCAUUUUUGAGUGAGCAUUAAAAUGUGGAAGACCUAGAAAGCUGGGUGUUAUACUGUUAUACCUGUUGGACAGUGAGCAAGACUCAUUACUCACAUAGCAUUAUAUUAUCAGUACUCUCCAAUUUGUGAAUACAAUACACUGACUGACCUUAGAGGUUUAAAAACAGCUGUUUACAUAUCAACGUAAUCACAUAAUUUCAAAUCAACUUUCAUAUCAUUUAAGACAAGAUAAAUCCCUGUGGGGUAUUUGCAGUUUUGGUCACUACAGUCAAUAGAUGACAGUUUUAUUACAAUAAGUAUUUUUCUUUGCAUCAUGCUGUGACCACUGUCAUAGCAUUGGAGCCUCACAAGGCUGACUUUAGAGCUGUUCUUUUUAAAUAGAUGAAAUUGCAAAUGAUAUGUUGUUGGCUGUGUUUCAUGUGCAGAUGCACUAGAGUCGUAGAGGAAAUCUAAAACUGGCUUAUUACUAAGUCAUAGCAUUUUUAGAUGUAACUUGGUGCAUCCAAACUACACUGUGUCAACCUGAUUUUCAAUUGAACAAAGGAACAAAAGAUGAAAGAAAUUGUAUGUGCAAUCUGUUCAAACUGAAAUAUAGUCUGCAUAUAAAUGUGUAUGCAGAAAUAAAAUUACUACCCUUAAUUUGUUGGGACUUUUUUGUUCGCUGGGGAAAUAGAGGAUUUACUGUCCCUGAAGUGUUUCAAGAUUUGGCCUGAUGGUGGCACUAGAGCGAUUGUUACAUUGACCCAAAAAUGUCUGCCUGCUUUUCUUGGGCUGACCUCUUAUCAUUGUGUCACAGUGCAUUAAAGUGGCCAGCUUCGUCUGUGAGCUCCGUACGAGCCUAUUGUAGAGAAGAAAGCCCACAGUGCAAUAACAAUAAGACACCCUCAUGCCUCCAUUCCUUGGGCUUUUUCUGUCGCUACAUGUGGUUGUGGCUCUCAGAGUACCAAGAGCACUACUAUAAAAUGAUGCUCUUGCUCAAUAGUACAACCCAUGCAAAGCUAAUUUCUAAGGGGCAUUUUUUAUUGUCAGUGUCAACUUGAAGGAUUGGUGUAAAAUAAUGUAACUGCAUUUUAUUAAUGACAUUGAAAAGCAGAAUUUGGCUCUUAUUAAUGAGUGACAAAAAACCUAUAAAUGCAAACCUGUUGUAGUAAAUUGAAAAUUCAUUACCCUAAAUCAGUGAACCCUAAAUGACUUUGAACACUUGUAACUGCACAAUUGUUCACUUAUUAAAAACUUAGAUUUAUUAACCUUUAAUAAUGAGUGGGAGAAACAACAACCUUGGAGAUUUUUCACAAUCUUGUAAUUCAAACAUUCUGAUACAUGGCUUGUUACUUACUGAUAAAGCAUCAGUAUUUUUUUCAUAAUUAAACCAUUAGCUAAAACUGUAUUGCUUACAUUCCAGUUUAACAGUUCAACAAGCCCACUAAACACAGAACUGCUGUUCUAACAGAUUUUGAUAAAAAUAAGAACACAUAUAGCUAAUGUUCACACCCACAUUAAAAAGAAGGUAAGGCACUAGGUACAAGGUAAUGUACUUAAAUGUCUCCGGGGGACACAGCAUAUACAACAUACAAGUAUGUGACUGUGCCCCAACUAUGUGGAAUACACACUAUUUCUAAAUAAUAAAACACAAUGACCUGUAGCAGCACAUAAAAAAGAUUAAAUCCAGAUGUACAAAGAAGGCAUUGUACAUAAAUGACAUUAAAUAUAGUCUGUUUAAUUAAAUUUGGAUUUGUGGAUGGUGAAUUUUUACCCGAAGUAAAAGUAGGUUAAGUGUAUAUUGAUUUUAUUACUCAUGUCCACAGUGUAUUCCUCUGCAACCUCUUGUGCCACAUCUCUAAGCCUGCUGAGAGUUGACCGUCUCCAGUCUGAUUCCAUCUGCACGCUGUACACAUCCCAUUGGUGGGAAGGCACCGGCGAACGGUGGAUGCUGAUCCUGAUUGGUCCCCUCGGCUGUCAUUCAAAGCCUACCCAAUCAGUGAUUGGCUGAUGUCGUCGGAUCCAAGCAGCAGAUUGGUCGAUGUGUCUUCGCGUGGCAUCACAUAGAUGACAGGCAAGUGGUGCUGAUGCUGUGACAAUGGGAGUCAUCCAGAUAAGCAUCAUCUGGACCGAGUGCGCUUAAACCUCAGCGGCGGCAGCACACGCACACACACACACACACACACUCACUCACACACACAUUCACACAUACACACAAAUACUACGCACAACUGACCGUGAAGGACCGGGAAAAGCAGCUGGGUAGAGACACGCGGAGGAACCUCCAGCUGCUGCUCUGAAAGGUCAAGUGAUGGGAGCGCUCAGCCGACAGAAGUUUUUCCAGGAGCUUGCUCACGGUUGCCUGCUGCCUACAGCUCAGCAGGGCCUGGAGCAGGUAUGGCAGCUGCUGGUUAUCUGCCUGCUGUGUCGGCUUCUCUGGAUGUUGGGCCUCCCCUCUUUUGUGAAACACCUGGGCACAGUGGCCGGAGGUUUCUACACUCUUUACCUGUUCUUCGAGCUCCACAUGAUCUGGGUGGUCCUUCUCAGCCUUCUCUGCUACCUCUUCCUCUUCCUGUGCCGCCACUCCACCAUCCGAGGCACCUUCCUCUCCAUCACUGUGCUCAUCUACCUGCUGUUGGGAGAGAUGCACAUGAUGGACACCACCAACUGGCACAAGAUGAGAGGUUCACAGAUGGUGGUUGCCAUGAAAGCCAUCUCGCUGGCCUUCGAUUUGGACAGAGGUGUUGUGACCAGCGUGCCCUCACCCAUCGAGUUCAUGGGCUAUAUUUACUUUGUGGGCACAGUCAUCUUUGGUCCCUGGAUCAGCUUCAACAGCUACAAAGAAGCUUUGGAGGGACGCAAGCUUAGCUUUUCGUGGCUUUUAAAAGUCUCUGUUAGCUGGGUGAAGAGCCAGGUCUGCCUAGUUAUUUCCAACUGUGUAGCACCAUACCUCUUCCCUUAUUUCAUACCUGUUUAUGGAGACAAGCUGCUACGAAGCAAAAAGAGGAGGAAGAUCAGAGGUGCAUUGGCAAAGUGGUUGCUGGCGUAUGAGAACACAAUGUCUUUCCACUUCAGCAACUACUUUGUUGGCUAUUUCAGCGAGACUACAGCUACUCUGGCUGGGGCAGGCUUCACUGAUGAGAAAGAAAACCUUAAAUGGGAUAUGACCGUGUCCAAACCCCUUAAUAUAGAGUUUCCUCGGUCGAUGGUGGAGGUUGUAACAUCAUGGAAUCUGCCCAUGUCUCGUUUUCUGCACACCUAUGUUUUUAAGAGUGCUCUCAAAUUUGGGACAUUCUCUGCCAUCAUGGUGACAUAUACAGCCAGCGCCCUUCUGCAUGGUUUGAGUUUUCAUCUGGGCGCAGUGCUGAUAUCUCUGGGGUUCAUCACGUACAUUGAGCAUGUGCUGCGGAAGAGGCUUGCAGCCAUUUUUAAUGCCUGUGUACUGUCAAAGAAAUGUCAGCCCAACUGCACUCACAGGAACAAAAAGGAGCUGUGGGUCUAUAUGAUUAAUAUAGCAUUCAGCGCUUUGGCAAUUCUCCACCUGACGUACCUGGGCUCUGUGUUCAACUCCAGUGUGGACUACAUGGAGGAGGAUGAGGACGAUAUCACCCAUCAUACCAUUCAGAAGUGGUCAGAGCUGAGCUGGACAAGCCACUGGGUCACGUUUGGAUGCUGGAUAUUGUACCGCCUCAUUCUCUAAUAAAAGACAGCGACAGGGUGAAGGAAGCAAUAAUGAGAGAUGUAAGGCCGGUUCUCCACUCCUGCACUGUGACUUCAUCUUGCAUCAGACCGAAGAGAACAGAUUCAACCUGUAUACAACAAUAAACCAACUUGCAGUGUUCAGGUUGCGCUGCAUGUUGGCUGGGUAAUCUAUUAUUCUAACCUGCUGGGGACUAGUUUUGAUAUCCAUGAAAUGAUAGCCCGCCCCCCACCCCACCCCACACCACACACACACACACACACACACACACACACACACCCCUCCAUUUCUCCGUAUCACAUCCUUUAUAUCUGAGCCGCUGUUGUUGAGCCCUCAUGUUGUGACAGCAGUUACCGAUGUCUCGCUGUGAGUCACAAUCAAUACCUGUCAGCAUGGCGGAGAUCGGCUGCUCCUUUCUGUGGACACACGAUAGAGCCCAUUAUCUAGGUUUCACCAUCGACUGCAGCAGAUGUCCUCCAGAUGUGGUUUCCCUUCACCUCAAGUGUUUUACAAUUGUAUUUUUAGGUUUGAAGGAUAAAACUGGUGAUAUUCUUAUAGUCCCAUGAAAAGACUUAAAAACAACAAUGCGAUAGCAGGCCUCUCAAUACUCUCUCCAAGCCUAUUCACUGUACUUUGAUUUUUAGUCUAAAAGUCUAAAUUGUUUUCUAAAACAGCUGGACACUGUACUUUUUAGUAAACAUUACUCAAACAGGAGUAAAUAGAGUAUUUGUUAGGAAUUAUUUUCAAUGGUAGAUCAAUAUACGUUUAGUUCUCUAGUGAAAAUCAAUGGCAGCAGAACAGUGAAUGAGCGACUGACUCAAAAUAAACCACAGUUCCCAUGUUCAUUGUAAUGACAGGAUGUGUCACCUCGUGCAACAGUGUAGCUCCUGGAUAUGUUGUAAACAACAAUCACACAGAAGAAGCUACAGAGACAACACUGUUUGUAGAAUCAGUUUAUUGUUGUUUUUGGUCUUUUCAUUGGAUCUGUGGGCAAUAAGAAAAACGCAGAGUAUCACCAGACUCACCCUUUAACAGAGCUUGUCUCCUGAGCAUGUUUAAGACAACAAAGAGUUUACGUUUGAAUGAAAAGAGCACAGGUUAUGGUUAUAAGGCAGCAACUUUAUUGUCGCCAAUAACGACUUCCCCCUUUUGUGAAUUUUAGAUAAAGAAAAUUAAUCAGCAAGUUUAUGAAUUCAUUUCUGUGGUGCAGUUUCCUAAUAGUGUUUGUAUUUUCUUUUGUGUUAUUUUGAUGAUUUUCUUUUAAAUUGAACUUUUGCAUUUGCUUAGAGAAGGUCUUAUUAGUAUUUGUGAACAUUUGAAAAACUCUUUCACUCUUCAGUAUUGAAAAUAAAAGUUUAGAAUCAGGGUAUUACACACAUGUUCCUGUAGAGAAAAACUCUUUAAACUUCUCUUCCAAUUUCAUAUUACAGACAAGAUGAAUUAUACGGUACAGUAUAUUAAAUAUUUAUCCUCAAGUACAGAUUUUUAUCACACUGCUGCUUUUAAUGAUGCAUUUGUGUAACUGAUUAUCACCUGAUGAAAGAACAUGAGCGUCUGUAUCAGAUUGUCAACACACUCUGUCUCUAUCUUUCUUAAAUCUAGAGCGUCAAAGGAUUUGCUUCUUGACUAAGAUGUAGUGUUUUAGAUUAGAGCCUGGAUGUUCGUUCGUUGCCUGAGAACAAGUGCUCAAUCUCUGCAGACCUAAUGCCACUCAACUCACUCCAACAAGUAUUUUAAAGACUAUUCUAAUAAUUACUUUAAGCUUUUAUUCCCCUGUAAAUGUGAAGGCACUGAUUCACCUGUGAUAUUUUUAUAAAAUUUUACAUGAAACCUG